UAUCAGGGGAACCGGCGCGCGCGCAUCAUUGCAUUCACCGCUAAAGUCCGUUAUUGCAAAUAUUCUCUGCUAUACCGUCUUAUUAAAUGGAUUGAAGAUGAAAUAUCUAAUGAUUUUAGUUGUUCUAUGUUGCGUUAUACAGAUAGUUGUACCGGCGAAAUAUUUACCUAAAUGGAAAAAGCAGAAGCCAUUCCGUCAGGCCUGCGAGCUGCCCGCUGUGCAGAGCGAGCACAGCCACUACGUGUGUGAUGACAACGGCGAGCCUAAGUGCCUGCCCGGCUGGCAGGGGGAUCUUUGCGAUGUGCCCAUUUGUAAGAAGGGAUGCGAUCCUUUACAAGGUUACUGCAACCGACCGGGCGAGUGUCGUUGUAAAAUGGGCUUCUACGGAGAACGUUGCAACAAAUGCAUCCCGAUGCCAGGCUGCCAGCACGGCUACUGCAACGUCUCCUUCGAGUGUCAGUGCCGCCCCGGCUGGGACGGAAUAUUCUGCACUGAACCGAUUUGCCGUUCUGAUUGCCACGCGACGCGCGGUUAUUGCGAGGCGCCUGGCGAGUGCCGUUGCCGGCUGGGCUGGUCGGGGCCAACCUGCCGCGCAUGCCAACCAUUGCCUGGCUGCCAGCACGGAUAUUGUGACAAGCCACUAGAGUGCAAAUGCCUGCCUGGGUUCACUGGACUGCUGUGUCAAACACCAAUCUGUGCACCUGGUUGUCACGGCGAGCGCGGCUACUGCCGGCGGCCGGGCGAGUGCCGCUGCAAGGUGGGCUGGACUGGCAAGAACUGCGCGCAAUGCCACCCCUACCCUGGCUGUGUGCACGGCACCUGCAACCGCCCUUGGGAGUGUCUCUGCAAGGAAGGUUGGGGAGGCAUGCUGUGUGAUGAAGAACUCAAUUACUGCGACAAGAAUCCUGACACAUGCCAGAACGGUGGUAAAUGCCAGUCACUGGAGGCGAAUGAUGGUAACUUCAGAUGCAACUGUCCUUCAGGAGUGAGUGGCAAAUUCUGUGAGAACUUACCAGCUAAUAUGACCACACCGGCAGCGGAGAACAGCACAGAAGGAAACGAUGAUAUCACUCCGAUAGAGAUAGAAGUAUCAACUAAGGAACCUGAUAAUCUUGAUAAUGAGACUGAAUAAGAAGAUAUAGAAACUCCUUUAAAAUUACUGAAUUGUCUAAGUGGCUUCUACUGUCGAAACUUUUGUGUAAAUGUCUGUCAUUCUCUUUGAAUAAAAUAAGACAAAUAUUUUUUUUAGAGCGGGUGCACACUUUUGACUCAAUUAUCGUUGUGCGAUUGUCGAUUGUUUCGCAGCCAACUACAACUAUAAAUAGAGUAUUGUGCGCACCUCCAUGGAUAGGAAUCAGAGCGAGACUAAAAGGUUGGGCGAUAGUCUAGUUAAGUUGCGCGCGCUCUUAAUAUAUAAAGCCAGUGAAAUUUCAGGGUAACGUGAAUUGUAGUGCUUGAAAAUUUGUUUAAAUUGUGAAGUAUGUCGAUAUAGUAAUUAAUGUUUAAUGGUAUGAGUGUAUUUAUUUAUUGUGUGUGUUUGUGAGGCGCUUUUAUUUAUUACUCGCUAGACGUAAGACAAAAGCUAUCGUAAAUUAGACGUAAGACUGUUUUGAUAAGAGGCUUGAUUCAUUUUAAUAAAAUUUGAUAAAUAA